UUGCACCCAGUACGUGUGCACACUCUUCUUCUCACUAUUCUACUUACGAUACAACCACUACCGUACAGCCGAUGGGACGACAAGGCCUUGAAUCUCUUACCUUGUUGCUUUUUCUUCAACUGCGAAGCUCACUUCAGCAAGCCUGUGACACCCAACCUUGUCAAAACGGAGGAACAUGCAGUGAAGUACCGGGUGGAUUCAACUGCACCUGCAUAGCAAACUUUACAGGAACUCGCUGUGAAUGCGAUCCCUAUGCACAAUGUAACUUUGGCCAGUUGCGAGGUAUUUGUAAUCCUGAUUUUGACGUAAGCAUACAACCACAUGUAGGAAACAAUCCUACUUGCCUUUGUGCACCCGGUUUUACUGGUCUGGCUUGUCACGAGAAUGUCGAUGACUGUACACAUAACAAUGGAACGACAGUUUGCAGUUCUCUUCAACUGGAGCCUCCGUGUGUAGAUGGAAUAAACAGCUUCACGUGUGAUUAUUGUUUGCUGGAUGUGUGCAAGAACAAUGCUACAUGUGUGCUGAACGAGUUAGAACGAAGCUUCAAGUGUGAGUGUCCAUUACACUUUGCUGGCGAAUUUUGUGAGACUGUGGUACCGACACAAGCUGUAGUUUCUACAACAACAAAAUCUAUAGCUGCCGAGACUGUUGGAACAAAAAGUCCAUCUACAGCUACCAAGACACAACCCUUUGGAACAACAACGUCUGCAUUUACUGGUACACAAGAGGUAAAUCCAGAGAAGGUGUCCAGCGAUGACAGUAAUACGGGCAUGAUAGUUGGCAUAACAGCUGGAGGUGUUGUCGUCAUUGUCAUCAUCAUCCUAAUUAUCAUUGUGGUUGUCAGAAGGAGUGGAAGACCCAAGGAAACACAUAAUAGGCUCAAUAUGUAUACUGUGAGCAAAGAAACUUAUCCUGAGACACUGGAUUAAGUUAAUCGUGCUGAUAUUCUAACAUGCACUAACACAAUAUAUUUGAAAUAAGUGUCUUCACUUAGCAUUACAUAAGCCACUGAAUGUAUAGCUAGUGUGAGACAUUCAUGGAACAUCUAACCUGAGUAACCAUUUUACACAUUUCUUGUGUCUUGAUUUGAUAGAGAUGGUCUGUACUUGUAGAGAAAAAUUAAAAAAUUUUUAGACAACAUUAGCUU